CUUUCUCUCAAGCCAAGGUCAAUUUUGUAUUUUUUUUUCGUGCAAAGAACAGAGUUUCUGAGAUGAGUAUGCUUCAAAGCGAUGCGCUUAGAGAAGCUAUUUCGACCAUUGUGGCUCAUUCCAAGGAGAAAAAUGGUAAGUUCUCAGAGACCAUCGAACUCCAGAUUGGGCUGAAAAACUAUGACCCCCAGAAAGACAAGCGGUUCAGUGGUUCCAUGAAGCUGCCACACAUUCCUCACCCCAAGAUGAAGAUCUGCAUGCUUGGAGAUGCUCAACAUGUGGAAGAGGCUGAGAAGAUUGGUAUGGAUUACAUGGAUGUAGAAGCACUGAAGAAGCUAAACAAGAACAAAAAGUUGGUAAAGAAGCUUGCCAAGAAGUAUCAUGCCUUUUUUGCCUCUGAAUCUGUCAUAAAGCAGAUCCCUCGUCUUUCGGGUCCUGGUCUCAACAAAGCAGGGAAAUUCCCGGCCCUUGUUACUCACCAGGAAUCUCUGGAGUCGAAAGUGAACAAGUCCAAGGCAAUGGUGAAGUUCCAAUUGAAGAAGGUUCUUUGCAUGGGAGUAGCCGUUGCGAAUGUAGUUAUGGAGGAGAAGCAGAUCUUCCAGAACGUGCAAAUGAGCGUCAAUUUCCUGGUUUCAUUGUUGAAGAAAAACUGGCAAAAUCUGAGGUUUCAAUGGUGCUUGUUCUUUUAGGCCCCUCAUCUUCAU